GCACAGAACGCUUCACAGUGGAUGUGGUGAUUUAAAGGGGAAAUGAGGGGAAAUUGCAUCCUCAGCCUGCAAUCAAAAACUAAUAUCCCCUCUUCAUCAUGUUCCAGAUAGUGCCCUCCUCUUCCAGUGCAUUAAAUACAAUUAAACUAACGACUAUAUUUCUUUAAAAUUGCUUUCAAAAUAAUAAAAUAAUGUGAUAUGAGGGUUUCUCCCUCUCUGUCAGCUGGGAGAGGGUGCAAUGCGCCUGUUAAUUCUUUUUCACUGUUGUUUUAGUGUCGCACGGGCUGGGGAUGGGAGAGAGCGUGUGUUUGAUGGACAGGGCGUGGAUUUGGCAGUCAGACGGGAAGGGGCGUUGAGGGUUUCCUAUAGAGCCACGGGAGCGCACAGAAGGCACGGAGCGCUGCGGGACAUACAUUCACAGUCACCUUUCAGCUGAGCCUCGCUGGGACUUUGCUCAAGUCAUCGAACAAAUCUACAAGUUGUCUUUGAUGCGUCCGACGAGCUGACGAAUCCCGAGAGAGGCAAAGGGCGAGUGAGAUAAACUGAGGAACAUGUGGUGGUUUUUGACGCGCGCAGGGCAAGUUUUACGCCACUUGCUGCUGUGGCACGAGAGCGGUGUUUUUUUUAAAGCGUUCUCAGUUUGAGUAACUUCUAAAAGUGAGUAGUAUGAAGUCCUUUGAUAGAGCAUGUUUCCUGCGUUGUGUCCUCAUGCUCAGGAUUGCGACUCAUGGGAUGUAGUAAAUGGAGAGCUGCGUUCAACUUUGGACACCUGAAGGUGCAGUCCAAGCUGUCCGUCUUCUUUACCAUGAUCAUUCUCUUCACUUACCUCUUCUACUGCCUCAACGGAUACUGUGACUCCCUGCCCAGGCCUGUCUAUGACCAACAAAGUCAUUUGCAAAACAAAGUUAUCUUAAACGAUGGACACGCAUCACCGCAGCAGCUCGGCGCGUAUAACGCGUCUCAGGUCUCGUUUGUCCGCGAACAGCUGUCGGACUUGUCGAACAGCGGCGCUCCAUCUAACAAUAUCUCUAUAGCCAAUAAUUUCGGCAGCAAAAAGUUUCCUCAGGCCAUCAUCAUAGGGGUGAAGAAAGGUGGCACCCGGGCUCUGCUGGAGUUCCUGCGCAUCCAUCCGGACGUGAGAGCCGUCGGCUCGGAGCCUCACUUCUUCGACCGCUUCUACGAAAAGGGGCUGGAAUGGUACAGGAACCUGAUGCCUCGUACUCUGGAGGGUCAGAUCACAAUGGAGAAAACCCCCAGUUACUUCAUCACCAAAGAAGCCCCUCGCCGUGUCUUCUCCAUGAGCCGCCACACCAAGCUCAUCGUGGUGGUGCGUGACCCUGUAACCAGGGCUGUUUCUGAUUACACCCAGACUCUGUCCAAAUCUCCCGGGCUUCCAACCUUCCAGAACCUGGCCUUCCGCAAUGCCACCACAGGCCUCAUCGACACAUCUUGGAGUGCUGUGCGCAUUGGCAUCUACGCCAAGCACCUAGAGAACUGGCUGCGCUUCUUCCCGCUCUCACGCCUCCUCUUUGUCAGCGGCGAACGCCUUGUGACGGACCCAGCAGGUGAGAUGGGCCGGGUCCAGGACUUCCUGGGACUCAAGCGCGUGGUGACAGACAAGCACUUCUAUUUCAACCAGACCAAAGGUUUCCCCUGCCUAAAGAAGCCUGAGGGGAGCAGCAGGCCGCGGUGCCUGGGGAAGUCAAAGGGAAGGCCCCAUCCCCAGAUCCCCUCUGAGGUCCUGCUUAGGCUCAGAGACUUCUACAGACCCUUCAAUCUCAAGUUUUACCAAAUGACUGGCCAAAAUUUUGGCUGGGACUGAACAACUACUCACCAGAGCUCUUAAAAACUGUUACUAGCAUUCUUGUUCAGCCAACUACCAAAACCAGGAUACCUUGAAGACAUUGUGUGUUACCAAAGCUUCUACUGUGCAAAAUAUGCCUUUCCUUAAUUUCCUAAGCUAUGAAAACUGGCUAUGAAAACUCCUGCCUUCCUCCAGCUUUACAACAGCCAUGCUAACAAGGUUAGUGAGAACUUCAAUCCCUUGAGCCACUUUAGUACGCAAUGCUACACACAAGCUUGGGAGAAGCGCUGGUUGUGGCUCAUACUGCAGCAGUGUGAUGGGUGCAAGCCACAUUGAAGCAUACUGCUUAUUUUCUUUAAAUUGGAACUUCUAGCACUUGGCACCCUGAGUGCCAGAAGUAUGCUAAGCUCUCAUUGCUGUCUGAAACACUUAACGGCACAACCUCUAUAUUGAAAAUAACCACAGAAAGAUGCCAACACUGCAAGGAGAUGUGCCUAAACCAAAUGGCGAAAGAGUUACAAGCCUUGACAGCCGGGCAACGCUACGAUAAACCAAAUGACAUAUUGGAGUUUUGAGACACAGGAGUUCUGCUAAAAAAAAAUGCCACAGACAGCGAGGAAAGAAGCAAAGGGUUUCAAAUUAUGCACAAUGGUACAAAAAUACAUGUACAUGUGUGUUGUUGAGACAUAAAUUAAUCAUUCAGAAUCACUUAAAUCCCAUCAUUUCACUAAAUGAUCUGACACGUUUAUACAGUUAUAGGAAGUUCUUUUUUCUUCAGUUUUUUCAAUGCAAGCUCCUUUUCUGGACUGUCUUUUAAUUUUAACACAGAAGAUACCUGGUACUGAUGCAAAAAGGUACCAGAAAUGUAAAACACAGUCCAAUAUGUGCUGUAAAUUUGCUGUUAUUUAUGUCGCCAAUACAGUGCUUGUAUAAAAUGUUCUUUACAGACAAACACUUGUAUCUGUGAUUGUUUUCUACUUCAUUUAAUCGACACACCUCCACAAACGGUACUUACAUGCAACUGUAUAUUUCUAAAAGUCUAAUUUAUAAGAUGACAAACUAUUGUUGAGAGAUGUUUUUUCUGAGACUUUUGUAUUUGAAAUUCUGCUGGAAAUUCUGACUAAAACUUUUAUUCUAAAA